CGUGGGUCCUGCAGACACGCAUCCUGUGAGGUGGCCUCUGUGACGUGCAGGCUGCUGACGUGUGUCCCGGUCUCCUCACCUAUAGGUUCAAGUUCCUGCAGGAGAUGAUGCUCCUCUGGGCCUUUCUCCUUGUCAUCUGGUUGCCUCAGGUCAUGCUGGGAGGAUAUUGUAAGGAUCGGUUCCUCUCCCUGUCUUCCCGGCGAUAAGACUUUACUGUUAUCCAGGGUCAGAGAAAGGGUCUGGGUGGGAUUCCGUCACCUCAGGCAGCCGGGACCCCCGAUGUCAGUGCAGUUGGUGGGCACAGGGUGGGUCUGGAAGGGUCCCCGAGCUAGGUGAGGGUCGGGAGGGCGUUUCUAGCUUGGCCCUCCCUCACCUGGGAAGGGCAGCGUUGGAGAGUCCAGGGAAGUAAGGGGGGGCGCUGGCCUUUUCUGACUGCCAGGCUCUCUUGGGCACAGGGGCCGUCAUCUGCGGGGCAGAGGGUCCCCUCAGCUGGCUCCCUGGCGGUGCUCGCCCGCGUCUGUCUCUGGGAACAGGAACAAGUCCCGCGUGUACCCGGUCUCUGCCCGGAAGCUACCCUGGCCAGAGCGGAGCCCGUUGAGGGCCGGGCGGUGGAGGCCUCCAGAAGUCCUUCAAAGCAGGGGGAGGGCACAGCCAAGGGUAACGGUGGACGGUGCCCGGGGCACUGGAGCCAGAUGCUGCUUACUGUUUCCUCGGGGACCUAUAAUCUGAAAUGCUACGAUUGUUGGACCAUCAACAAUUUUAAGUGUCCACAAAUUACGUUGUGUCCGACAGACCUCAGGCGCUGUAUGACCAUGUCUGUUCGUUUGAACAGUCGGGAGCUACUUGUUUACAAGAACUGUACGAGCAACUGCACGUUUGUGUAUCCAAGCGAAGUGCCUGAUGAAGCCCCAAGAGUCUUAAGAACUAACAGCUUCUAUUUCGUCCGUUGUUGUGGUGCAAUGACUUGCAAUGAAGGAGGGCCCACUAAUAUGGAGAGGGAGAUCACACAGGACCAGACUAUUGAGGAUGAGUUAGAAGGAACUGUAUGCUUGGGGGAGUCAACACUUUCCCUGAGCAUUGCCUCCAUCCUGGUCAGCCAUACACUGACAUGAGAAGCCCUCUGGGAGGGUCUGAUCUCUUCCCUCAUUCCUCAGAGCAAGUUCACUCUCCUUUCCUCCCUUGUGAGCCAGGGAUACUGACCCACAGGGCCCCAGAUGGACCAGUUACCCUUUCCCAGCUUAUUUCAAGAGAGAAAUAAAGAACAUUAUUGCUUGGGUACUGCUUAC